ACAAUUACCUUGCAAAGUGUAACACAUAUAAACAAAACAAAAGAAACUAAAAAGAAAAAAUUAGCAACAAAAAGUAAUUAACAAUUAAAAAUGUUGCCUAGCCGAGCCCAAAAAAGUAACAAAAAAAAAACAAAAGUAAGUAAGAAGAAAAAAAAUCAAACAAACUAAAAGUCAGCCACACACAACAUAAACCAAACGCGACGGUCUCAACAGUUGUAAACCAGACAGCAUUAAAUUCAUACACAUUUUUAGUUUAAACGUAAAAGUGGUUUAGUAGUAUUACUUAUCCUAAAUAUUAAAAAAAAUAAAAGUUGUAGAAAAGUUAUAAAAUAACACAAAGAAAAUUAUGUGGCGUUAUUUAAUGACCAGUCUUGUUAUUAUUAUAAUGAUAACUAUGUUCAUGCCAUCAUUUGUUUCGGGUUAUGAUCCCAAUGACAAGAAAAUUGCCUCGGUUUUACCACCAGAGGGUAUGUUUGAGGCUUUUUAUCCCAGGGAAAUGGAUGGUGUUCCCAACAGUGCUUCCCGGCCAGCUCAUGCUCAUGGAUCGUUUUUUAAACAUCGUAAUCCUGCCUUGGUGGAUACAAAAAAUGCAGCUGCUUAUGGCUAUCGUUUUGAUGGUAAAAGGAGAUUUAAUUUUGAUUAAGAGAAUAGAGUAAAUCGAGUUUUUUAAGUGUAUUAAAAAGAGUAAUAAUAAAAAGAUAAUGA